CUCCACAUCCACAUCCUCAUCCUCACCAGUCGCCACUGCGCCACCACCGCGGCUUUGGCAGGGCCGCCCGGCUGGACCUCCGCCGACGACGACGCGCAGCGAGGGCACUUACCGCCGCGCGCCGCCUCUCCUCCAAGCAGCUCCACGGCCGACGCCCGUCGCCACUUGCCACCAAGGAUUACCUCGACGAGUGCAUCAGCAGCUGCCCGAGGGCGAGGGAGAGAGAGAGAGAGAGGGGAGCAGAAUGGAGGGGCUUACGGGCAGCGAGAUCGCCGGCUUCGUUGUGGGCGCGCUGCUGCUCGGCGCCACCAUCGCCGCGCCCAGGGUCGACGGCUUCAUCGCUUCCUCCCAAAGAAGGUCACUUGGUAUGUGUAAGAGGUGUGGUAAUCUUCGAAUAGUAGCAUGUUCACAGUGCAAAGGAAUAGGCUCAGUUAGGAAAGGAGGAAUACUCAACUUGGGCGUGCUAGAUGAUCUUUAUGAAUCACUUGGAGCUGAAGGCAAGACUGAUAAUCUGGUUCCUUGCACAAAGUGCAGAUCCCAAGGCCGUCUCUUGUGUCCAGAGUGCUCGAAGAGUGCAUGACCCUUCAAUUGUAAUGGUGCAAGGAAAUAUUCGGUUCUCAUUUAUGCUCAUAAAUUUUUCCGCUUUAUCAACAAAUUGGUGAUACUACAAGUCAAAUGCAGUCUUGUUUUUCUUUUUCAUGAUUUCAUCUUGAUGUUCAGUUAUAUACUGUGAGUUUCAAUAUGUGUAUCUCUUUUACAACUUGAUAGGAAUAAAAGCAUAUUUCUUUUUUUAUCA